CAAAAUGCGAGCCUUUGGCAAGAUAGCACAUAGCUUGGCGCUGCCUUCGUUUCUCUGGUCACAGUCGUUAGCGUUGAAAAGUCUGUCUCGUGCAAUGUGUACUGCUGUUCCUAAGGAGCGUAAUUUGCAGAUAGGCGGCGUCCAUAAUGUACACUUUAUUGAAGUUGGCCAAGGCAAGGGACUAAUUCUGCUACCUGGCGCGCUUGGUACGGCGUUGACGGACUUCAAACCACAGAUAGAGAAACUACCAAAACUAUUACCGCAACAUAAAAUCAUUGCCUGGGAUCCGCCGGGAUAUGGGAAGUCACGGCCACCGGAAAAAGUGUUUAGCGUCGACUUUUUCGAUCGCGAUGCUGCAGCUGCCCACGAAUUAAUGCAAAAACUAGGUUUCAAGCGAUACAGCGUUCUGGGAUGGAAUGAUGGUGGAAUCACGGGAAUUCUGAUGGCGGCCAACCACCCGGAGCAAGUGGAACAGCUUGUUAUCUGGGGCUCCAACUCAUAUAUUUCGGAGGCAGAAACCAAAAUCUAUGAAGAUAUUCGAGAUGUGCGCAAAUGGUCAGCGCGAAUGCGAGAACCGAUGGAGAAAUUGUAUGGCGUGGAAUACUUUCCAAAGCUGUGGUCAGCCUGGGUCGACGGCUUACUGCAAAUAUAUAACGAACGGAAUGGGGACAUUUGCAGUGACAAACUAAAACAUAUUAAAGCUUCAACGCUCAUCGUGCACGGAGCAAAGGAUCCAAUGAUUAUACCGGAUCAUGUGCCGUAUCUGUUGAACAAUAUUAAAAAUUCCGACUUGCACGUGUUUCCCGAUGGAAAGCAUAACAUACACCUUCGCUAUGCGGAUGAAUUUAACGAAAUUGUAGCAGCGUUUUUAAAACGAAUUCCUUAGGCGCCUUGCAUCAUUAAAUACUCACCUAGCGAGAGUGUUUUCAUCCUACACAGAAUAUCGUUGUUAAAUAUUCUAUUUUAGUGGAUGUGUAAAUCUUGCGAAAUUGUCUGAGACAAAUAGUAUAUAAUUAUUAGUUGUUGAAAAACAAAACUCGCAACUGAUUUCUACUGGUCAACCCAUAGAUUGGAUUCUACAACCGCUAUUCCCUCCUUCCACCGCUUGAUCGAGCGCUUACGUCCACCAUUCGUCAACUUUCUACAGCAAAUGUUUACAGUUAAAUUGACCUU